UAAAUGACGCGCCUGCUCAAAAAGGUUCGUAACUGCCUGUAGAUGACACAAGAUGGCGCCAAAGCACAUUUUUUUCCAAAGGUGACUGCCCGCCCAAAUAAAGCUCUUCUCUUCGUUUCAACAAGAUGCCACCAGGUGGCGCCAAAGCAAGAUUUCCUUUAGCUUUGGCCAGAGCGCGUGGGUGGCUAGAUACUAUUUAAAGUGCCUUUGAAUAACGUUAAAUAAAGUUUAGAAGUGUUCAUGAAUCGCUCUCAUUUUUUGUACCAUUUGACACCUGGUUUGAUGUGGCUCUGUUCAGUUGGAUUACAUUACUUGUCCGAUGGCACAGAGAUCCUGAAAAAGUGUCAUCAUCGUAUAUUAUUAUUAUUAUCAUGAUUAUGAUUCAUUUUAGUGGGGCGGUUGUGGUCUGAGUCUGUCCAGUCACCUUGACAACAUUGGCCCAAUGACAGCGCACACGCGAACCAGGCCAGCCAAUCAGAGGUGGCAUCCACAAAGCUGCAUGUCGCGCGCACACGCGCUCGAGCGCGCGCGCGCACGCACAUACGUUCUGUUUGUCUCUCGCCAUCCAAGCGCACGCGAGUGACACGAGCGGCGUCACUAUCAUGCCUGUGCUCCUCGUCCUGCUUAUGCAGGAAGCGCCGGUGGAGGAGCCGCGUCGCCCGGCCUGACUCGGCAUUUUCUCCCCGGUGACAGCGGAGGCCAACUCAGCGCAUCUUCCCGCAUCUCCCCCUCCUCCUCCACGUCCACGUCCAGCUAUGGCCCUGGUGACUCUGCAGCGCUGCCCCAGCCCGAGUGCAGCAUCCUCGAGCAGCAGCGCGGGGGAGGAUUUUGGGAGCGACGAGGAUCGCAAAAAUAACCAAUGCCUCAAGGAGAGCUUCUUUGUGGUGAAGGGAGCCGCCCUCUUCCUCCAGCAGGGCGGCAGCACAGAGGCAGCCGACACACCUACCCAACACACACACGCAGGCGACUUGCCUGAACACUUGCAGGUCAUGUUGACCAUACUGCGCUCGGAAGACCGCAUUAAGAUGGCGGUGCGACUGGAGAGCGGCUGGUCGGAGCGCGUGCGCUACAUGCUGCUGGUGUACACCGUCGGCCAUCAGGACACGGAGGAGGACGUCGUCCUCGGGGUGGACUUGGUCCCGCAAGACAGAGAAAGCUGCUCCAUCGGGAUGGUGCUGCCACUGUGGAGCGAUACCAACAUCCGCUUGGAUGGAGACGGAGGCUUCAGCGUAAAGACGACGGGGCGCUCGCAUGCCUUCAAGCCUGUGUCGGUGCAGGCCAUGUGGUGCGCCCUUCGGGUGGUGCACAAGGCGUGCGAGGUGUCUCGCCGCCUGGGCUACCUGCCCGGCGGCCCGUCCCUGGCCUGGACGGCCUUCUACGAGAGCCGCAUGUCGUCCGAGGAGAGCCGCGUCAACGAGUGGAACGCCAUGAUGGACCUGGAGAGCACCCGCCCAGACUCCCCUGCCGUCUUUGGGGACCAGCCGACCGAAAGGGAGCGAACGGAAAGCGUGAUUAAAGCCAAGCUCCGUGGCAUCAUGACCUUCCGAGACUUGCAGAACGUCACCUCCAAGGAGAUCCGCAACGAGCUGGAGCGAGACACCAGCUGCAACCUGAAAGAGUUCAAGGAGUUCAUCGACAACGAGAUGCUGCUCAUCUUGGGCCAGAUGGACAAGGCCACGCCCAUCUUUGACCACGUCUACUUGGGCUCGGAAUGGAACGCUUCCAACCUGGAGGAACUUCGUGAUUGCGGCGUGGGCUACGUUCUGAACGUGACCCGAGAGAUUGACAACUUCUUCCCGAGCCUCUUUUCCUACCACAACGUGUGUGUGUACGACGAGGACGCCAGCGACCUGCUGGCCCACUGGAACGACACCUACAACUUCAUUGUCAAAGCCAGGAAGAACAGCUCCAAGUGCCUGGUGCACUGCAAGAUGGGCGUGAGCCGCUCGGCCUCCACGGUCAUGGCGUACGCCAUGAAGGAGUACGGAUGGCCGCUGGAGAAAGCUUACAACUUUGUCAAGCAGAAGCGCGGCAUCGCUCAGCCCAACGCCGGAUUCAUGAGGCAGCUGGCCGACUACCAGAGCAUCCUGGACGCCAGCAAACAGCGCCACAACAAGCUGUGGCGACCCGGCACGGACGAGGAAGCCUCGGACGACUUGGCAGCCUCCGGCGGCGGCUCCGAGCGGCACGGCGGCGACGAGGAGGAGGCCUGGGGGCUCUGCGGGGCGUCCCCCUGCCGAGGUCUGGAGAUGGAGCCGCUGGACUCGCUCAACUACAACUACUACUUUCGCCGCCUGUCCGACUCGGCGCUGGACAGCGAGCCCUCCACCCCCGUGCGUGGGCCCCCCCUGCUGGGCAUGGAGAGGGUCUUCAUCGAGAUCGAGGACGUGGAGCGAGACGCCCUCCUGGAGGACGAGGGCUUCCCCGUGGCCCACCUGGCCUUGCCGGGCGGAGGGGGCGGUCCGGGCGGAGGGGGCGGGACGGGGGCGCAGACGUGCGGACGCCUGGACCCCCUGGAGGACAUGAGACUGAGGCUGGAGUUCAGCACGCUGGAGGAGGAAGACGAGGAGGAGGCCAAGAAGGAGGAGGCCGAGAUGGCCGCCUUGGAGGGCAAGAAGCACGCCGAGGAAAGCCGGCUGGGUCUGGCCAACUUGAACACCAACAACAGCAACCGGCUGGCCGCCAAGCGGAGCUGCCCGGCUGCCUUUGACGACAGCGCCAGCACGGGCAACCCCUUAAAAGUCAAACCCUCCUACCAGUCCUGCAAAGACUGCUGCCUGCGUCUACCACAAGGGCGGCGCUGCGAGCGGCCGGCGGGGGCGCGCUCCCACCGCCUCAACCCCUCCCGACACUGCGCCCUCCCCACCAUCUGCGUGGAUCCACCCGGGACCGUUUUCAUUUCGCACUCCCUCCCGGAUGCCAUCUCGGCCCAGUACUGCCAUUCCGCCGAGGUGCCGCUUUUGCGCCAGAAGCCGCUCUCGCCCAUGAGUUGCGAAGACCCCGCCGCCGCCGUCACGGACCAAGCGGAGGCCGGAGGACAGAGCGCUUCGGAAAUUGCCCAACUGGAGUGAAUCGGGGAGCGGACGCCGGGAUGGCUGAUGUGGUUUGACGCGGCGCCGGCCCCGGGGCAGCGGAGCUCCAGCUCAAACUGGGGUUGGAAUCCGAGCGAGCUGGUUGGCUGCUUGGACUUUGUGGAAGCUGAAACACAAACAGGACCAUCAGGUCUUUCUCUGGAGGGCUACCGUAGCGUACCUUAGCGUAGCGUACCGUAGCGUCGUGUGACUUUGACAAAGCCGCGGUGGGAUUCUUGGAGUUGCAAUUUGAAGGCAAACAUCUGAAAGCCGUUCUUCUCCCUAACCAUAUCACAAAGAACGCCGCUACUCAGAUGAUAUCUCACGUCAUUUUGCAUCGCAAGAGUUUAUUUUGAAAGGGUUUAAGGCCCAACUCAAACAGCAAGGUGGCCAAGGAGACAUUUUGUGCAGACGUACAUUUCCAGGACGGAUGGGGGAAGCCAAAAAGCGCAAAGCAUCCUCGUCACAGCUUUGUUUUUGUAAAAGUGCAACCUCUCCAAAGAUAUUCUUGACCGUCUUUGCUUGGCUGACGUGUUGUUGUUGUUGUUGUUUUUGGCGUGCUCCUUAUUGCACCACCACGAGGGAGAUGGUUUUAUUUUGUGUGUGUGUGUAAAUGAGAUGAGGCUUACUUUUUUGAAGACAAACAACAACACUUCUCCUUGUUCCUUGGCCGAUGCUAAGUGGCUCCCAGAAACUGCUCCACGAGUUCCAUUUGACUAAUUUGGUUUUGCCUUCACUCUGCGUUUAACCCCUUGUGGCAUCUGAAGUGGAUCGUUUUGCACAA